CUGUGGUCGCACUUGGUCACACUCAGCAACCAAAAUACGAAAAUAAUGUCAUAUAUAAAUUAUUAAAAAUUAUUUGUACAAUCAGAAUGUACACCGUUUAGUUUGUAGGUUGGCAGGGCGAGGUAGCAAUACGAAAUGGACAACUUAAAUUUAUACGAGGUGCUGGGAGUGGCUCCGGAUGCGAGCGCCGAGGAAAUAAAAAAGAACUAUCGCAAAUUGGCCAAAGAGUUCCAUCCAGACAAGAAUCCUGAUGCUGGCGACAAGUUCAAGGAGAUAUCCUUCGCCUAUGAAGUGCUGUCGGAUCCCGAGAAGCGUCGCAUCUACGACCGUUACGGACUGAAGGGUCUGCAGGAGGGCGCCGAGGGUUUCACCGAUGCCUCAGACUUCUUCGCUCAGUGGUUUCCUUUCGAGCGGGCAUCGACCGGACGUGGCAAGCGAGAUGGCAAGGUCGUGAUCAAGGUGGAGCUGACGCUGGAGGAGAUCUAUGUGGGCGGCAUGAAAAAGAAGCUGGAGUAUAAGCGCCAGAAGUUGUGCGGCAAGUGCAAAGGCGAUGGGGGUCCCAAGGAAGGGCGCGAGAGCUGCGAGGCAUGCGGUGGAGCGGGUCGUGCAACUGCUUUCACCUUCAUGGGACUCAGUCCCUUCGAUGCGACCUGUCCGGCUUGCGAUGGUCGUGGCUUUACGAUCAAGGAAGAUAUGAAGUGCAGUCCCUGCCACGGCAGCGGUUUCGUGGAGGAGAAGAUGAAGCGGGACAUCGUGGUGGAACGGGGAGCACCGCACAUGCUGAAAGUGCCAUUCGUGAACGAGGGCCACCAAAUGCGUGGCGGCGAGUUCGGAGAUCUGAUCGUGGUCCUCGCCCAAAAGGAGCAUACACUCUUUCAGCGCCGACACGCCAAUCUGUAUAUGCAUGAUCUGGAAAUCAACAUCACGGAGGCGUUGUGCGGCUACAGGCAUUGCUUCAAGCACCUGGACGGGAGGAACGUUUGCCUAAGCACACAGCCGGGCGAAGUGCUGCAGCACAACAACAUCAAGAUGGUGCGUGGCUGUGGCAUGCCCGACUUUAGCCAACCGGCCAUAUGCGGGGAUCUGUAUUUGAAGUUCAAAGUUAAAUUUCCCGACAACGACUUUGCGACAGCACCUCAGCUGGCCAUGCUGGAGGAUAUAUUACCGCCCAGGGAGAAGAUCAUUAUACCCAAGAACGCCGAAGAAGUGCAAAUGACGGAUUACAGGCCGCAGCCCAGGCAACAGCCGGACGACGAGGACGGACAGUCGCCGCACUUCGAGGGCGUCCAGUGCCAGACGGCUUAGUGCCUGUGGUUGUGGCUCUUGCAGGCACGGUUCCUCUGCCAUGAUCUGUGCCAGCUUCUGGGCGCACUCAGUAUGGAUGAGGUCUGCUUCUUGGUGCCGCUGGUCGUCUUAAUUUGCAUAGUAUUAUUUUUCAUACAGGAAUGUUUGCUGUGAAAAGCGCGUGAUCUAAAUUCGUAGUAUACUAAAGCCAGUAUCCGAGACUAAAGCAUAGCUGAUUCUGAUCUUCAGUAGGAAUGUAAAAAAUACAUUAGCCACGCUAAAUUAACACAUUAACCUGCUAAAAUGUAUUGUUUCUCUUGCCCUAAUAUCCUUACAUAAUAUAAAUAACAAAACAUACUAAUUUCACCCCGUAGAAAUGAAUAACACACCACCACCGGAACAGCAAGAACCGGAAUUUACUUUUCCGAAAAUGUCCUAUACGUCAGGUUUUUAAAAUAUUUAAAUUUCAAAGUGCAGAAAAUACGCUUUUUGGGUACAUUUGAGGUGCUGUAACUUCAAUAUGUUUUAUUUUUUAUGAACAGUCGAUACGGCUUAUUAAAGAACUGUAUUUGCCCUUAAAAAUCAGUUUUUGAAAUUUUAAAAAAUUAUUAUUGGUCUCCGAGAUACAUUUUCGAGUGUGUUGAAUUAGAAUUAUAAUGGAAGAUAUCGAAAUACAUUUUUCCAAAUUUUGAAUGAUUUUAUAGUGCAACCCCAAGUAAUUUAUGCCUGCCUGAGGAUCAUACUUACUCAAGCCAGAAAUGUUAAGAUUUUAUUUAACUUCCCUGAUAGAAAAGUAUUUGAAUAUGUUUAUCUAAAAUGUAAUUCUGUUAUCUUUGUUUUACCUAAAAUUAAUGUCGUUGUCCUUAAAUAAACUCUUGUUUUGGGAAAGUAUUAACUAAAA